GAGACUGAGAGUGUGUGAGGGAGACUGUGGGGGGGGGUUGUGUGAAUGUGGGGGAGUGUAUGUGUGACCGUGGAGGUGUGCGACUCUUGAGGGUGUGUGGGAGUGUGAAUGUGAGGCAGUGUUUGACUGUGGUGGUCAGACACACACCCGCAUGUUGUGUCGGUGUGCUUGUCCUGUUUGAGUAAUGUGCUGUUUACGUGUGCCUAGCAUUGUGGAUGGACACAGUUCAACAACCUUUUAAAACAACCAAUAUGUAACUGCCAGCAAUUUUCAAGCGUAUUAUGUAUGUGAUUGUGGACAGAGGCUAUGGGCGUGGCCUGUGUGCGACAGAGGGGAGGAGAAGGGUGGAGAGGGAGGAAUAGGGGCGGUCUUACGCCCUCAGAGCUUGCCAUUGGUUACAGCUACAGAGGAGAGGGAAGGACCCUUUAUGCCACCGCUUCCUGAGAACGAGAGAGAGAGAGAGAGAGAGGCAGAGAGAGCGAGGAUAAAUGAACACAGGGGGGUGUUCUCCCAGCAUUAGUCUGCCUGGCUCCCUCACGUUCCCUGCCCACAUUGUGAACUGCUUCUCUGGUAAGAUCCCAGCCGAGGUGUGUGUGUGGUUGUUCCUGUGUGUGUGUGCUGGUAGGGGUGGGUGUGUGUGUGUGUGUGUGUGUGGGAGAGCGCAUGUUUGUCUGUGCGCGGGUCUUCCACCAACAUCGGUCACCCUCUGCGCUGCCUUCAUCCUCUCCUCCUCCUCAUCGUCUCGUCUGCUCUCCCUCGUGAUGAGAGAUGCCCAAGCAGACUCAGGGAGGCAAGGACGGCACAACGCACCAGAGACUAGAGGAGUAACGAGGACGCGGAGAAGGACCCCCGAGAGAGAGGGAUGCUAAGGACCCCCCCCCCAACCGUGGAGCGGUACCCGGGAAGCCAUUAAUGCGCGGCUCAUAGCAUUAUUGACCGCUUCACAUAACAGCCGGUGCCAAUGGAUUACGCAAUAAUGUACGUUCACUGGAAGCUAUUGUUGGGACUGUGCCGACUGUAGUCUCAGCGAGCAGCCUCGCUCUCCUUGUCCCCCCCGCAGCAGAUGUUGAAGCCUUUUCUCAUUGACUUUUAUAAGGAACCGAGGACAGAACGUUUCUGUGUGCCCAGCGGACCCAAAUCUGGCCCACGUAUUUGGUUUUGUCCCUUUUUUAUGUGACUUUGGACUUUGCGAGCCGAUGGACAUUUAACCUUGCGGAGAAGGGGAAGGUUGUAAUCAGAAUGCGUGUUUUACUCGGGAAGACUGUUGCGUACAUGUUUGAUCACCUGCGCUGUUUUGACUGCCUUUGUCGGCCGGGAAAGGGAUUCUAAGAGGCUUCCACCUAUGAACCCCCCUGCUUCAGCCUUUUGAAGUGGCAGAGGAUUCCACCUCUCACCAUGGAGCCACAGCAGGAGUCUUUAUGUUGUCAAUGAAGCCACGCAGCCCGUCGGCAUAAGCUCCAACCCACCAGCGGGACAAACGCAAGCGGGUCCCCCUUCGACACCCUACAGGGGGUCCUCCCGUCGACGCGUCCCCCGACCCAAAAUGAUGAACUCCACCCUGGAUCCAUCGAACCUAAGCGCCGCCAUUUCCGACCUGUUCAACUCCUCUGCCCCGUUCUGCCUGCUGGAGGUAGGCUACGCCACCGUCUUCAACACCUGCAUCCUGGAAGUGUCCAUUAUCCUUCUCCUCGCCGUGCUGAUCAUCUGUGGCAACCUGGUGGUGAUCUUCGUGUUCCACUGCGCCCCGCUGCUGAGCCAGCACACCACCAGCGCCUUCAUCCAGACCAUGGCCUACGCCGACCUGCUGGUGGGGGUGAGCUGCCUCAUCCCCUCCCUGUCCCUCCUGCACCGCCUCCAGGGCUUCGACGCCAAGCUCACCUGUCAGGUGUUUGGCUACAUCGUGUCGGUGCUGAAGUCGGUGUCCAUGGCGUCGCUGGCGUGCGUGAGCGUGGACCGCUACAUCGCCAUCACGCAGCCGCUCACAUACGCCUCGCUGGUCACGCCGUGGCGCGUGCGCUGCUGCAUCGCCGUCAUCUGGCUGUACUCGGCCCUGAUCUUCCUGCCGUCCUUCCUGGGCUGGGGCAAGCCGUGUUACCACGGCGACGUGGUCAGGUGGUGCGCGGUGGAGUGGCGGACGCAGCCGGCGUUCACCACCUUCAUCGUGGCGUUCCUCUACGCCCCUGCCGCGCUGACGGUCUGCUUCACCUACGCCAACAUCUUCAAGAUCUGCCGGCAGCACACGCGGGAGAUCAGCGAGCGGCACGCGCGUUACCGGCCCCAGCAGCUGCAGGGGCUGGCGUCUGUGGGGUCGGUGGGGUCGGUGGGGUCGGUGGCCGUGUACAAGGACUGCAGCAGUGUGGUAGAGCAAGGCCAGCUAGCCCAUUUACCACAGCAACAAAGACUGCAGCAACAUCCACCUCCACCGCCACCGCAGCCCUCGGCGGCCCCCUACCCGGACAAGCGUUACGCGGUGGUGCUGUUCCGCAUCACCAGCGUCUUCUACAUCCUGUGGCUGCCUUACAUCCUGUACUUCCUCCUGGAGAGCGGGGGGAUCUAUCAGCACGCCGCCGCCUCCUUCCUCACCACCUGGCUGGCCAUCAGCAACAGCUUCUGUAACUGUCUCAUCUACAGCCUGUCGAACUCUGCCUUCCGCAAGGGCCUCAAGCGCCUCUGCUCCUUCUGCGUGCAGCGCAGCGUGGCGGGCAGCCGGCUUGGCAGCAGGAACACCAAAAAGACCUGCUUCGGGCCCUCCGAGCAAGGCAGCAGAGGACCCGGCUACGGAUACGGUCACGGGGAGAUAAAAAUGGGAACGACCUGUCACGUUUAAGGACUGAGUCACAGAAUGAGCUCGGGGAAUUAAAAGGCAUUUGAAAUCGUUUUGAGGUUGCUUGAAGCAUUUUCUCGCGUGUGUCUUCCUCUUGUCGGGGCUAGACCGUGCCGUUAGACAGAUGAGCACAGGGAUUAAAUGAUGUUGCAGUCGUUUCUACCCGGUCUUUACGUAUUUCGUGGCCUGCGCUUGGCCAGAAGGGAACAGGGAGAGCCAGACAGAGGUAGGAGAGAGCGCAGGACUAGGGAGGUGAUCGGAUCAGGGAUUUUGAACAGGGCUCGAUGCAGGAGACUCUUGUGCGUUUGAGACAAGACGGGGGUUCACAAAGCAAGGGAUCACUUGUUUUAUGAAGGUGGAUGAGCCUUUUGAAGUAUCCUGGAGGAAUGGUGUAGAAAUGUCAAAGUCGUCUUUAUUGUUUUUGCUGUAAUGAAAGGUAAAACCUUAUCUAGCUAAAGUACACAUACACAGGAAGAGCAGAAUGUGAAGUUUGUGGAACCUAGGCCAGAUUUGUGUAAUGUGUUCUGAGCAUUCAAAACAGGAAUGUUAAGAAUGAAUGGAAAAUAUGUGUUAUUUAAACUAGACGGCUCGUUUUAAGGAAGAUUUAAUGGAUGUUAGAGUUGGUCUUUAGGAAAAACAAACUCUUAAAUUAAAUGUUGUUCUUACCCGCAGGGUGUUUAAAAUACUCAAGUAAUUUAUGAGACAUGAAAUUCAUGUUUGUGUUUGAGUAGGCGUAUGGGUAUGUACCCAUAUUUGACUUGGUGAAAUGAGACAUUCAUUGUUUGCUAUAGCAUCAGCUUAACGGAACAUGUGUCCAGACCAAGAUGAUUUCACGUUUUACGUCCCUUGUUCCCUUACCUGUUUGUACAAUGGCGUUUUUGGAAACAUUCUGCGCUUAUGAAAUAUCAAGUGGGAAAUUAUCUGAUGAAAGACUAUUAAAUGUAGGGUGAACCACGACACUAGUUUACAUGCAUCUCCUCAUUAUAAUAUUUGCAGUGGGGUUUGGUAUAAUUAGGUUUAUUUAUUUCCUGAAUCGUGUAUUGUCGGUCAAAUGUUUAAUUCUCUUGGGUCCACUUCAACCACACAUUAUCAACAAAAUAGGUUCAGAACUCUCUGACUGGAACCCUUGCUUUUCACUUUGUUAUUGGCUUAGAGAGAAAACCCGACCAUUACCCAGCGACUGGUAUUGAAUUCUAUAAUGUCUCGGUUGCGCGCCCUUGCAUCUCGUCGGUAGCCUGAUGUUUUGUGAUUGCAUAACUGUGCCAGCAGUGAAGGCCACGCACAUAAUUACAAACGCAUACAUAGGAGAAACAGGCAACCAGGCAAGCAAACGCAACCAAGCACACAGCAGCAGUUUCCACUGUGUUUUGUGUCUUUCGUUAUCCAACGAGAAGAAUAUACAUUCGGAAAUAUACAUUUCAGAAAAUAAUUGCAUUUAUUUGGCACUUUUGGAAAGAUAAUUUUGCUCAUAAGCUAUUAUAAUCAUUCUUAUUAUUGAUACUGGUACUCACUUUAUUUGUGCAUAGAUUCCUACUUUCUUUUUUUUUCUACCAAAGAGAGUGUGAUGGGUGUUAUUGGGAUAUGGUCGUAUAUUCUGAUACUUGAGUUAUAUUUAUGAAAUUAAUGAUGACAAUUCUGAAGAGCAUUGAGAUGAGAUUGUAACAGACUUUAUAUCGGUCCAAUUCACUGUCCUGGUCCCUUGUCUUUGUUAUUGAAUUGCGGCAAUGUUGAAAUAAAAUGUGCUACAUGAAUAAUUUUUUUCUUUGACUUUAGAGAUGCCCCAUUACUGCCUUUUAUAUAAUUCCCAUGAUAAGCCAAUACAGUUGCCAUGGCAGCAUGGAGAUCAAUUAUUUGAAUUAGGUGGAGAUUAGUUUGAUUAAUGCUUCAGUGACGGCUGUAUAUAAAUCGCUGAAUUAAUUUUGUUCUGCAUUCGGUUUACAAUUAUCCAAGUGCAUGUAAAUAAACUAUCGUAUAUUUAAGAGUUGGCAAAUGUAUUUAUUUGAGUAAUUUAACAUUGGGACCCCGUUUUGGCUUAUUACAAAUUAGGCGCAACGAUUCACACACAAAGACAUUUGGUUUCACUGUUGUCCCUCACAGAUGGAAACUUGUGUGUUUGUGCAUCCGAAUAUAAACUUAACGGGGGGCGUCCUUCCACAUGCGUGUGGAAGUGCGAGCUUGCACUGAAUGGUUUGUUCUGGAUGGUGUCCACAGUCCCCCCUAGUCAUCGUUAUCACCUUACCCAUGGUUUGCACAGACCCUUGCAUCAUGUGUGUGUGUGAGCGAGUGGGUUCCCAUGAUGUGCACAAAGGCAUGCAGGUAGGUGUAGGUACCACGCGUCGGGUGUUCCUACGUUAGUUUGCAAGACAAACGUUACCCUGCUGUCGACUUUGAACUGUUAAGGAUUCAUCUUUCGGAGGAGCACUGCCAAAUAUUAAGCCUCUUAGCCUAUUGCCUGUCCUACUUGGUCCUAGCCUUUGCUAUACUUUCUUGUACGAAAAAAAGAGUUGAAGUAUUUUUGUUCCAUUCAAGCAGGUGAUUAGAAAAAGUACAGCUUUAAGUAACCGGGGAGGAGACUGUGGUGGUUACUCUGAGCAUGUUUGUUCAUUCCCGUUUAAACGGUGCAAUCGGGCAUCGCAGCUGCUCAACUUGAUGUGUGUAUGAUAAUUGCUAUUUCAACAUGUUAUUUUGUUGUGAUGAGGUGCCCUCCCACCACUUGAUCGAGUCUGUUCAAUAAAACAUUCCCUUUCCAAGGGUG